AUGAGCUUCUGGCUAGGGAACUCCCUGGUAGUUGUAGCGGUGUUGCUACUCCACUUCUUAUUUCGUCCAAGGGUCGACCUCCAAAGGGCUACUUCACAGCGUGAGCAUAUCGAUUCCGGAGAGUACGCACCGGACUCUGUCGGCUCGAGGAGCAAACAGGACGCCUGCGGAUCUCGGCUACAACCCGACGCUUGUAUAGACUUCGAUCUGAAAACUGCACGAAUGCGGUCGUUUCUGUAUGUCAACAAGACCGUGCGAUACCCGUACUUCCAGACUAUGGCUCACCAGCCUAUGCAUCCAAACAACUGGAUCGAGAUAGACAAACACUAUCGGCGGUAUGUUGAGGACAAAGCGGAAGUGAUCAAGUCACAAGGGAGGAAUGUUCUCGACUCUUUGCCAGAGAACGACGAAGCAUGCAGAGAGCUCCUGGAAGAGCUUUCUAGAUACCUGCCUCAACGAUACCCUACUCUUUUCCGUUCCGACAUGGCCAACAGUAUCGUUAAUCUCGUGACGAACACCAGCUUCGAAGAUCUCAACAAAGCGACUGGCAUUGAAGCUCUGCGCAUCAUCUCAUGCUUGGUACAAGACGACUUCCUCAUGUCGAGGGAACGCGAAGACGGCCAGAUAUAUCUAGUCGGCGGGCUCAUUGCAUUCCCUGGAUCCUACCUACUGUCAGAGACGAUCGGAAAACCUCUUCGAGAGCUGCACGCGCCAGUGCCCCAUUUCAAUGAGAAGCUCCUGCUGAGCGUUGAGCGUACUCUCAAGAAGUUCAAACCCGAUCAGCCGUUCGAACGAUCGAGCUGGAUGAUCGUGGAUGACGAGAACCUCUUCUGGCAUCACAUUGCGGACGCACCCCCUGAGCCCCACGUUCAUCCCCAAGACCUCUACUUGCGCGUCGAUCACCAGACGUUCCGUAAGCUCCCGCGGACCGGAGCCAUCAUCUUCGGCGUGCAUCCAGUCUUGCAUAAGAUCGAAGACCUCGCGGAUAGCCCUCUCAUCCCGGCACUGUUGGAGAAAGUACACAGAGAAUCGGAUCCGGCCUUACUCAAGUACAAAGGAACGUACAAAUACGAUAAGAUACUGCUGCCCUACCUGCGCGAGCUCACCGCAAGUCAGCUCGAGCGCGGACUCAUCUCGUAUGUGGUCCCACCACGACGCUGCAGUUGA